AUGAAGCUGAGCAUUUCUCUAAUCCUUCUGGCGGCCAUAACAUAUGCCCAAAAUGCCACAGUGACGUCGGCUCCCACGGAAACCGUCGUUGACUUGUUCCUGGGGGCGAAACGGUCAGGCAACUAUUCUUUUGAAGGUAGCAUUAUCACAGGCGAUGCGACCGCUACUACCUACGAAAUCCGAUGCAAAUCGGGUGCCCUUAAUCUACCCGGGUUUCCUACUACUACCUGUGAUCCCAAAGACCCGCUUUCGAUGGCUAUUGACACGGUGACGGCCUCCCUUGCUGAGACAUGCCGAUUGGAGCAUCAGACUGCUGCGUACUGCAAUUAUACUUUCGUAGAAACUCUAAGUAGCACCACUACUAGCACCUCCUAUACUACCAUCAUCACAAGCGCCAAUUAUAUCGAAUAUCCUGUUGCAAUCACGGCUGGAAUAGAAAAUCUUCCUACUGCCACCACAAAUACCGCAACCGCAACCACUGCGACUGCGGCUGAGACAUGCAAGCUGUCUCCAGAGAUCGACAAGAGGCCCAAGGGCAAUUAG